AUGCCCGCCCACACCCCCAUCCCAGACAUCCCAGGCGAGCGCCUCCAGAACCCCGAAACCAAAUACCACCUCGCCUCCCGCGUGUCCCAGCUGUGCGGCCUCAAUUCCCCCGACAAAUUCCCGGGGUCGCAGCCCGUCAGCUUUUCCACUGCUUCCUUGGACUUGCUGGAGAAGAAGGACUUUUGGGUGUGUGAGAAGAGUGAUGGAGUGAGGGUGUUGGUGUUUAUUGUCAUCAAUGGGUUCUCGGGAGAGCAGGAGACGUGGUUGAUCGACCGAAAGCAAGAGUUCUACAAUGUCAAAGGAUUGAUGUUUCCCAAAUGGGACGAUCGCAGACAGCCACUUGGAGAGUCCAUCCUUGAUGGAGAGCUGGUGAUAGACGUCGAUCCACAAAGACUGAGAUUCUACGGAUUUGACUGCCUGGUAUUAAAUGGCGAGAAUAUCAUGAGCAAAAAUCUAGAAAAGCGUUAUGCGCGUCUCCGUGACUGGGUGGUCGUGCCCCUCGAAAAGCAUAUCCGUGAUAAUCCCGAGGCCAAGCAGUACCUGCCUUUCGAGGUUCUGGCGAAGCGCGAAGAUCUAUCCUAUCAUCUCAAAUAUGUCAUGAAAGAGCACAUCCCAAAGCUCCAACACGGACAUGACGGUCUAAUAUUCACUUGCGUCCAGACGCCUUAUAUCAUGGGGACCGACGAGAACAUCUUGAAAUGGAAACCGCCCUCCGAAAACUCGAUCGACUUUAGGAUUGAGCUCCGCUUCCCACCUAUACAUGACUCGGAUGAGCCAGACUACCAUGCCAAACCAGAAUUCUGCCUGCAUACGUGGCUUGGAAGCGAGAGAUAUGAGUUUUUCGAUUUCAUGGAAAUGACGGAUGAAGAGUGGGAAAGCUGGAAGGAAACUGGAAAGCCACUGGAUGAUCGGAUAGUAGAAGUGAACUGGGACGGGGCCAUGCAAGCCUGGCGGAUGAUGCGAAUUAGAGACGACAAGCUGCAUGGGAACCACAAGAGUAUCGUGGAGAAGAUCCUGAUCAGCAUCAAUGAUGGUGUGGAAAUUGAAGAAUUGUACGCCAGAUCGGAUGCUAUCAAAUCAGCGUGGAAGUCCCGCGCUGCCCAUCCACAAACACCCGCCGUACACCGCCCUCCUCCUCAGCAGCAUCAGCCCCAUGGGUAUGGGUACGGAGGAGGUGCUGGAGAUUAUGGGGGAGGCGAUUAUGGAGGCGGAUAUGGGCAAGGGCAUGGGUAUGGACAGGGGCAGGCGCCUCAGGGAGUUGUCGCUGGUUUGAAGCGAUGA